GCUAAUUCCCUCUCUUCUUUCAAUCUUUCUCUUGUGGGCUAGUUAGUACUUCUCUCAACAAUUAGCAGUGAACAAAUACUUCAAGCAAAGAAAGGACCCCCCCUCCCCCGGGCCGAGAAACCAUCUUGAUCUAGCAAAUGGGUCUUGCUGCACCCCGAAAGAAAUCCAAGAUCUCACACGAUCCUAACAAUACAAAUUGGUCGCGCUCAACAACUGGCUUCGGGCACAAGAUUCUCAGUUCUCAGGGAUGGACCCCGGGUAGCUUUCUGGGUGCACGAAAUGCUGCACAUGCUGAGUUAUUCACCACAGCAAGCGCGUCUCAUAUCCGCGUUACUAUCAAAGAUGAUACACUUGGUCUUGGCGCGCGACCGAGGCGGGACGUACUAGAUGAACCCACUGGUCUUGAUGCGUUUAGAGGCUUGCUGGGACGCUUAAAUGGCAAGUCAGAUGCAGAACUGGGGAUCGAGGAGAAGAGGCGCGAGAAUGCAAAGUUGGCUCGAUAUGCGGCCAGCAGAUGGCAGGCAGUUAACUUCAUUAGUGGUGGAUAUUUGGUUCAGGAAAAGGCCGAUGUCCGUGAAUCUGAAGAGCCAGCUCAAAUCCAGCCCGACACUGAGAAGCGCAGGACUAAUAAGAGUGCUACUGAUGGCCGGAAAGGACCUGAAAGUUCCGGUUUUGUGGACCUCAAGGCAUCUCCUAUCAGUCCUCAAGGUCAGGAUAAUGGCAGUUGUGGAAGGCAGCUCUCAGACAACCAGGCCUCCUGUAAGAAAAAGUCCAAGAAACGGAAGAACAAGGAAAGGCAAGAAGAUAGCGAUUUCGAACACACAAAGACAGAGACACUGGAUCAAAAAGACGAGUCCAAUCGUGACUCACCUACAGAAAUGCCUGCAUCGACACUAAAGUCUCUGCCAUCAAGGGAGCGCCGUCCGAUGGGCAGGCAUGUUUUCAGAAGCCGUCACAUUGCACAGAAAAAGAGAGCUCUUCUCGAUGAGAAAUCUCUGAAUGAGAUAUUUAUGGUCAAGUCAUAAUCUGAAUGACCCUGUCUCUUGACUCAUGUAGUGUAGAGGCUCGUCUAGAAUUUCUCCUACUACUCAAAUACCCAAUGUGAUUAUAUCUACACGCGCCUGUUAAAUACAUGAUCAUGUGCUCGGCGUGAUGCUGCAAGUCUGGUCUUCAAUGGAGUUCCGCUACAACACAUUUUCAUAAUGGUUGUCUGUUCCUAUCAUCAUGACGCUACUGAGUGUAGCUCUAGAUGAGAUUUUUGGUUGGCAGUAUACGUACUUCCGUCGAUAUAGCUUCGGAUCGGCUAGAAUUUUCUCUCAG